AAAUGCAGCAUUACCUCUGUGCACGAGCCAGCUGACACACACAUCUUCAUCAGUCACCCAGGUUGCACAGCACUAUGAGACUACUUCUCCACUCAGUGCUCUACAGCGCCCUUGUAUGUCUGGCUUCCAGCCUCCAGUGUUUCCAUUAUAAUGGCCUGCCAGACCGCGCCCAAGAGGAACAAGUGGCGAAAACCUGUGAGAGCACUCACCAACACUGCAGCUCCUCUCUUUAUACAUAUAGCAAACUGUUGAACGGAAUGGUGCUGGUGAAGGGCUGUUCUACCGGGAAGAACUGUAACCAAACCCAGAGCGGCCCUGUGAAGUUCGUCCACACCAGCGAGACCGUCCUGUGCUGUGACACUGAACUGUGCAAUGAACACUUAGUACCAGAUCUAGGAGAGGAUCCACGGAUAGAGUGUCUGGCAUGUCACGGGCAUCCCUCAUCUUGCGGGGGCAGCAGUCACCCCAGCCUGAGAUGUGGGAAGUCCCAGAAAUCCUGCAUUGAGGUCUCCAUUACCACUGCACUCAGCCAAGACAUCCAUCACACCAUGAUAAAGAGCUGUAGCAACAGUUCAUCGUGUCCGGGGCUGGCUGCCUUCAGCAACGGGAAAAGUCCAGUGUCGUAUUCCUGCAGCCACCGCUGCUGCAACGGCAGCCUGUGCAAUACGGGAGACUUUGCAGUUGAAGACUCUGGAGCAGAGAAUGGUUUGGAGUGUUACAGUCGAUCAUCUCCAGAAGAAGCCAGCACCAUGCGGUGUCGGGGGCAGAUGACGCGCUGUGUGGACCUGAUGGGCACAUCAAGUCACAGUGAACCAGUUAUGAGUGGAUGUGCCACCGAGGCCUUCUGUCAAAGCCUCUACCCAACGUUUCCCAUACCAGGAUGGACAGGAACCAUGUGCUGCACCCAGUCACUCUGUAAUUAUGGCAACAGCACUGCUACCAAUAAUGUAAAACAUUGAAAACA